CAUUUGUAAUUUGUUUAUAUUUUUAGCGUUUGACUUGUUUCAUGUUUGUUUUGACUUUUGAGAUUUUAAUUGAUAUAAGUACAUAAAAAAACAUUAAAUUUAAUUUUAAUAUUCUAUUACUGUUCAACAAAUAAACUCACCACUCAAUGCGUUUUACAUUGUGCAGUAUUAUUCAACUAAUAAAGUGACAGUCGCCUCGCGAUGACUAACAUACAAACGUUUGUAUUUUUUGACUUGGAAACCACAGGAAUACCCGCAAGUCGUACAAAGGUCACAGAAAUAACACUGAUAUCGGUUUCCCGGCGUGAUAUUGAACAGGCAGAUGGUGAGAAUCUACCAGCAACAAAUAAAUUAUCACUGCUGUGUAAUCCAACAACAAAUAUUCAUCCGGUAGCUUCAUCAUUAACUGGAUUGACAAAUCACUAUUUAAAAAAUCAACCAGUCUUCAAAGAUAACAUUAAGUGUAUAAAUGCUUUUCUGAAUAAGCCAAAACCAGUAUGUCUUGUGGCUCAUAAUGGAAACAGAUUUGAUUUUAAAAUAUUACAAGCAGAAUAUCAGACUGCCAAUGAAGAGUUACCGCAUGACUUACUCUGCAUAGAUUCCUUAAACUCUUUUAGGAGUAUAUUUAAAAAUCCAAACUUUUGCUUGAAUACCACAGUUCAUAAUUACUCCACAAGUUCCCUUGAUGAAAGCGAUAAACUUGCUAGGAAUGAUGAGUGGCAAGAUCUUAGCAUAGAGGAAAUUCAAGAAAUUGAUGAGUUGGUUGUAUACUUUUCGCACAUAUCAAGUACACCAAAGAAAAUUAAGAUUGUUAAAAAAAUAUGUGAAAUGCAAUGUCCAAAAAAAGAAAAGUCUCUGAAAGCAAGCUAUAAAUUAAGCAGUGUAUAUGAAAAAUUGUUAAAUAAGAAACCAAAGGAAUGUCAUAGAGCUGAGGUGGACUGUUUUAUGCUUUUGGAAUGUGUUAUUGCCACAAAGUAUGAUUUUUUAAGCUAUGCUGAUUGUAAAUGCAAACUUAUUAGCCAAGUGUAAUUCAUUAUGAUGCACUAAGAUGAUAUAUGUAAGAUGAUAUGUGUAGAUUAAUGUUGUAAGAAAAAAAAUGUACAAAUAUAUAAUCAUGGGUUAUUGCCAUUUAGGACUAAACCAUUUGUAUGUGAUGUAAUCUAUAAGAACAAGAUGGCAAUAAUGUUAUAUUAAUGUCCAUUUUUAGACCAUUACUUUUGUUUUAAGUAAUGCUUUUUAAUGCAUCAUUUUGUAGGUUAUUGACUUCUGACAUUGUUUAUUCAAAACCAUUUUACUAAAUUUGUAACA